AGUCCUUAUUAUUUGAAAGAUAUCAUCACAUAAACAAUGUAUAUAUAUAUUUCAAGUUGCACUUUUUAUUUUUAUUUUUGUUACAGGUUUGGUGGUGGGGAAAGAUGUCUUGGAACUCAUUAGGACAAGAGCAUGUGAAUCUUCAGCUAGGCCUUCACUUGACAAUGUUUCUAAACAUUCUUUCAUUGAGCUCUCUCACUCACCACAGUCCUACUUAUUUUUAAGUUGUACUCAAUUUUCUCAAGAUGGGCAUUGGAUUGAAGGGCAUAUCUCAAGCCAAGCAUAAACUUCAGAGAACUCUUUCAGCAAGAUAUGGGACAAUUUCAGCCAAUGGUACUAAUGAUGUUCCCAAAGGCCAUUUUGCUGUUUAUGUAGGAGAAUCACAAAAGAAGAGGUUUGUCAUUCCAAUAUCUUACUUGAACCAUCCUUUGUUCCAAAAUUUGUUAAACCGAGCUGAGGAAGAAUUCGGAUUCGAUCAUCCAACUGGUGGCCUCACAAUCCCCUGCAGUGAAGACUACUUCAUCAGUCUAACUUCAUCUCUAAGUUAACUAUAGUUUGUCCUAAUGAAGCCUCUUUUUUAACUUGUAUUUCCUCUUGCUUGGUUAAAAAAAACCGAGACUGAUCUCUAUUAAUCCCAUAUGUGAUGUUUUUGUAAUCUUAAUGAAUUAAAAUUCUUUUAUCAUUACAUCA